CGCCGUAAAAAUAAACUGAAGCAAAAAAAUCUCUCUCCAUCUGUGUUAGUCAAAAGCUAUGGAGAAACUCAUCUACCGAAUAGCCCUUGUCUUCACCACUCUCUUCCUCUCAUUCUCUCUCUCCUCACCGUCUUCUCCGACGAUCCACGACGUUCUUCGAUCAAAAGGUCUCCCCGCGGGACUAUUACCCCAAGAGGUUGACUCUUACACUCUUUACAACGACGGUCGUCUCGAGGUUUUCCUCGCGGCUCCGUGUCUCGCCAAGUCCGUGACGGGAAUGCGCUUUGACUCUGUAGUGAGAGCGAAUCUGAGCUACGGGAGCCUUGUCGGAGUAGAAGGAUUGUCGCAGUUCGAGCUGUUUUUGUGGCUGUCGGUGAAAGAUAUUGUCGUCAAGAAACCUGAUUCCGGCGUCAUUAUAAUCGAUAUCGGCGUUGCUUAUAAACAACUCUCGCGUUCUCUCUUUGAAGAUCCUCCCAAGUGUUUACCUCACGGAGAUUUGAAAAAAAAGACGAGAGGAUAUGGAGGAUUUGAAGCUCUCAAGAUGAAAAAUUUUAAAGAAGGGUGGAUAUCUCGAUUGUUCUUUUGAUUUAUUCCAUAUUAUGCACUGAUCAGAAAAACCAAUAUGCUAAUUAUAUGAGUCGGUUAGGUUUUUGUUUAAGAGUUCUUGUAAAGAAAAGAUUCUCAAUGUUCUAUCCUAUGUUUUUGUUCCUAGUUUA